AUGGCCAGCCAGCCGUCCGAUCCACCGCCUUCCUACGAAGAGUCGCGAAACAUCCCCACGCCCAUCAGUGCCAGCGCCACAGCCAAUGCUGCCCCAGAAGCGGUGCGGUCGCCUCGGAGACCACCAGGGCCGCUACCUUUACUUCCGCUCGACCUGCCGCCUUUGAACCAGCUGCGGAACAAGCGCGUAGUACUGGCCUCUGCAUCACCUAGGAGGAAACAGCUACUGAGCAUUGCAAGUAUGCUCCUACCCAUGCCAACACUCGGCCUCAAGCAGGUCGAUAUCGUCCCAUCUACGUUCAAAGAGGACCUCUCGAAAUCGCUAUCACCUUACGAAUAUGUGCUCGAGACAGCGUCCGAGAAAUGUCGCGAAGUCUACACGCGCGAAGUCAACAAUGAGGAAAAGGGCGAGCCGGCGCUCGUCAUAGCGGCAGACACCAUCAUCAUAAGCUCUAAGGGCCGGAUACUGGAGAAGCCGCGGAAUCCGCAAGAUCACCUCGACAUGUUGAAGAUGCUAAGGGACGAAGGCGCACAUAAGGUGGCGACAGCCGUGGCGGUCAUGAAGCCGCUGGAGAACCCAGUUGACCCGGGCUACGCCAUGGAGACGCACGUGGAGAUGACCGUGGUCAAGUUUGACCCGAAUGCGUCGGACGCGACUCUAGUAGCCUAUGUACGAACUCGCGAUGGUAACGACAAGGCGGGAGGCUACGGCAUACAGAGCGCAGGAUCUAUUCUUAUCGAGAAGAUCGAGGGCUCACACGACAACGUAAUAGGAUUACCGUUACGCACAACGCUGGGCCUGAUCGAGAAGGUCAUGGUGCCGGAGGAAGGUCUGGAUGACAACAUGGACAACAUGUUUGGCGACGAGGAAUAG